GGAAAGUGAUGGAUUUGAGAUGGGUUACCUCUCCCACACUUUUAUUCUUCUGGGUCUGAUCGGUCUCUCCAAAGCUCAUGGUUUUAUCAAACUGGUUAUUUUGGCAGCUUUAGGUUUGGCGGGCUUGUGGAUGGUUCACACUUUAGCCCAGGAUUAUGGGAACAUAUCUGGCCAUGGGGGAGGCGGCGGCGGUGGAGGCGGAAAAGCAUUUGAAAAGCGGUCUAUUGAUGAUAAAACACAAUACAAUAUAAAUUGGGAAUUUGUUUUAUCAAGAGAUCCAGCGCGCUGCGCUAGGAGCUUCAUCUGUCAGUUAGCAGCCCAAGACGAAGACCGACUGGACGUAGUUGGAAAAAAGAUACUUAGCUUAACACGAUCCUCUGCUCAAAAAGACUCUUGGGCCAGUAAACAGUUGUUAGAAGCGUUGAAAUAUGGAGAGACCGUUUCGCAUCCAACUCAAUGCAUGAAAAUGUACAAACUUUGUCCGUACACAAGUCAGACGAUGACAACUCUGCUCAAACUCUUCGGCGGCUGAGUUUGAUCAACCAAUUUUUGUUACUGUUAAAGUAUUAUUUAAGGAUAGGACCAAGUAGUGUUGUUGAAUUAGAACUUCAGAUACAGCGAGUACAAUAUAAAUAAAACUCGUUUUUCCUGGAGUACGUGUAUUUCCAGUCAUACAUAAAUAUCAAAUAAAUAAAAAUUUCUUGUCGUUACCACAACCACAAAA